AAAGCCAGCACACACUCAACGGAUCGGUGACAGACAGGAUCCAAAACCAAGUCAGCUUCAAGAUGCCUGCCACCACGAGAAUCAUCUCUGACACCCAAAAUACAAACAAAGAGACAAAAGCAACAAAGAGGAAAGCAGCCACGGAGAAGACACUGCUGUAUGAGCCAAAUAUUCCUGAACCCAAAUGCAGAGCAGAUCUUAUCAAAUACUGGUUCAGUAUUUCCCUGGAUCAGAACACAGCCAAUAAGACGCUGUGGAUCUCAGCAGAUGGAGGCAAAGUCAUACGUAGGACUGACGACGUCACUUGUCCGGUCCUGGAUCGACCAGAGAGAUACGAGUACAUGCCACAGGUUCUUUGCAAGGAAGGGAUCUUUGGUUUCCGAGCCUACUGGGAAGUGGCGUUUACAGGAUGGGUUGUGCUCGGGGUCACAUACGAAGGAGCCGGAAGGAGAAACACAGAUGGAGCCUGCGGCCUGGGAGAAAAUGAGGAGUCCUGGGCUCUUGGCUGGUGCGGAUCCAGCUAUCACGCCUGGCACAACGGCAAGGCUAAGGAGAUCAAGGAGAUCCCUAAAUGUUCGGUUAUAGGCGUGUACCUCGACCAACCUGCUGGCAUCCUGAAUUUCUACGGGGUGGAUGAGGUGAAGGACGGAGACGAGGGCACGGGAUGGAAGGAGGUCCGACCUUUGCAGCAGAUUAAGAGCUCCUUCAUGAAGAAAAUGAUACCAGGUUUCUGGGUGGGGAUGCAGUCGGAGUGUUCCAUCAUAAAAAAGGAGGAAUAACAGACAAUCUUAUAUUACAGCUCAGUUAAUUAUCAUGCAUUCACCUUCCAGUUGUCAAAGCAACACCUUCAGAUAUGUAUAUAAAUAUACUUUUUAAUCUGAUGCACAUUAAAUUUACUAACCAGAUAGUUCAGAUCUGAACCCCAUUUACGAGAUGAUCUGUGAAGCCGAAAUGUGCGGUUAUGAAUUUCAGAAACGGGAACAAAGUGCAGUCAGUUGGAGAGUCGGUACUUUCAUGAAAGGGACUUUUCUACUAACCACUGGACCACUCACAGUGUAUACUAAUAUAUUUGAUAUAAUUGUGGAUUAAUAGUUUGUUUUUAUUCCUUUGCAACUUGCAGUAAUGAAUGUAUAAAGUGAUUUUAAAUGUGCAAAGAUUUACAUGGAAUAAAACUGA